GCCCUUUAAGGAGAGGGAGAAAGACGCCAGCUCCGCACAAGCUGAGCGCAUCGAUGCCGCGCUUUACGUUUCAUCGGUGUUUUUGUCGCUUUCUCCCGCUGCUGCUGCUGUCAUCAGGCUCGUUUACCUCGAGUGUUUCUAAUGUUUGUUAAAAACAAACAAACACUUGAGUGUUUUUAAAUAAUCUCCAGUCCGACAGAAGGAGAAAUUUGGCGGCGCUUCGUUCAGCCGGUUUGUUCUCUGGUGCGUAAUUGAUCCGUGUGGAGAAUCCUGAGCUGUGAGCUGUGCUGUUUGGACUUCCUACAUUUGUCGUUUCAUGACGUCAUUCACAGCAGCCGCACACUGAGUAAUCAUCAUCAUCAUCAUCAUCAUCAUCAUCAUCAUCACCAUGGAGGACAAACGCAAGAAGCGCAGCCCAAAGGUGUCGCUCCCGCAGCCCCCUCCUCCCCCCAUCAACCCCCGCAAGGUCUCCGUGCUGCCGGCCAGCAAAAGUGCCACCUUCUCUCUGGGCCUGCCGCAGCCGCCCUCCCCGAAGAACAGGGGCAAGUAUAAGAGGUCCAUAGGUGCGCCAGGACAGUCGAAAGAGGUGUUUGCAGCCGUCGUCGUAGCUCCACCAAAGAUUACCAGGCCCCACAAAGAGAAGCCCAGGGCCCCGCAGCCAGCAGGGCCCAGUAAAGUGGUGCAGUCUUCCCCCCUGCAGCACUCUUUUCUCACGGAUGUCUCAGACGUGAGGGAGAUGGAGGGCGGGCUCCUCAACCUCCUCAACGACUUUCACUCAGGCAAACUGCAGGCCUUUGGUAAGGUGUGCUCCUUCGAGCAGCUGGAGCACGUGCGCGAGAUGCAGGAGAAACUCGCUCGCUUGCACUUCAGCCUCGACAGCCACGUGGAGGAGCUCUCCGAGGACCAGAGGAAGUGCGCGUCCGACCACAACCUGGAGCACCUGCUUAGCAACCUGGAAGAGCUCAGCACCUCAAUACAAAAGCUCCACUUGGCCGAGAACCAGGACCUGCCCAAGACAUCUGGUCCCUGACAAAGUGAUGUGGAGAGAGGUUUGGCAACAACGCGCUUACCUCGCAACAUCUAACCAGUCCAGGUUGUCAUGGCGUAGAUCCAGCUGCCUUAGUGACAGAAAAGACAAAAUCCACAGGAGUUUGAGCUUUUUCCUUUUCCAGUUGGUCAGUGAAUCCAAGGAUGGAUGGAUCCUGUACCUUCAAGCAGCACAGCAUUUAGAGUACCAAAACUAUAAACCCCACAUUUUUGUUUUGUUUCAACAACUAACUCUGCUUCUGUGCGGCCGUUCUCCUUCAGAAAAAGCACAUUUCCUAAAAGAGUCUUCUUAUUUUACGUCAUGCCAUGUCUGUUGCAUAGGUGAAGAGGGUUGAGCACACGUGUAAACUGUUGUUUUAAAGAUCCAGUGUGUAAGACGCGGUGAGACAGCAGAGUGCGACUCCUAAAAGCUUCCCCACGUGCAUUCAGGGAACUACAGUAGCCUUCACACACCAGAAAA